AUGUCUGGAAAGCUUGACCAGUCUCUCGAUGAGAUUCUCUCGACCCAACGCCGUUCUGCCGGCGGACCCGGCCGUCGCUCUCAGCGUCGAUCCACCGGUGGUCGCCCUGCGGCCGCUGCCCCUGUCGGCGGUGUUCAGAAGACAUCGCGACCUGCGCGCGGCGCCGCCGCCAACAAGCCUAAUGCCGCCAAGCCUGCGCAAGGCUCUGGUGACAGCAAGGUCAUCGUGAGCAACCUGCCCAAGGAUGUCAACGAGCAACAGAUCAAGGAGUACUUUCUCACAUCAGUUGGACCCAUCAAGAGAGUUGACAUCUCUUACGGACCCAACUCUGUUAGCCGCGGCAUUGCCAACAUCACAUUCCGCGAGGCGGAUGGCGCUAGCAAGGCCUUCCAGAAGCUGAACGGUCUUCUCGUUGACAACCGCCCGAUCAAGAUUGAGAUCGUUGUUGGCGCUUCUCAGGCAGCCAACGUCAUCCCUCCUGCCAAGAAGACUCUUGCUGAGCGCACCACACAACCCAAGGCUCAGCCCAAGGCUCAGCCCAAGUCUGCUGCCAACAACAAGCGCAACAACAAUAGCAACAACGCGAACGCCGGCAAGGGUGGCCCUGCCGCUGCUGGCACUGGUGGCAAGAAGCCCCGUGCCAAGCGCACCGGCCGUCCUGCAAAGAAGACGGCCGAGGAGCUUGACUCCGAGAUGGCCGAUUACUUCGAGUCUGGUGCCAACCCCAAUGAGAACGCCGCUGCCCCCGCACCUGCCCCCGCAGCCACUAACGGCGACGCUGCUAUGGAGGAUGAGAUCAUGUAA